AUGCCUCGUCUAAUCACUGCUCGCAAUGUGGUCAUACUCGUCAAUAUCGUCCUGCUCACCGCCCUCUUCGUCCAUCUGAAGUUCGCGCUCUGGGACAAGACGGCGGCCUCAGCUGGAUCGGCCAAGUCGCACCUUCCCGACGAACUCUACGACGAGCAGCAGCCAGACGAGUCAUCGCACAACCCGAAAGGGAAGCCGCUAAAAGCAAACGAUGGCAUCAAAGCGCGUCGGACCGCCUUUGUGGUCGCCAGCCAGAGUUCCGAGAACGCAACGUGGCUCGAGGAGUACUUUCCGCACUGGGAGAAGAAUAUCUACCAUGUCGACGAUCCGAGCGCGGAGCUCACGGUGCCGAAGAACAAGGGCCGAGAGAGCAUGGUCUAUCUGACCUACAUAAUCGACCACUACGCGUCCCUCCCCGACAACGUCCUCUUCAUCCACCCCAACCGCUACCAAUGGCACAACGACGACCCCGACUACGACGGCCUCCCCAUGCUGCGCCACUUCCAGCUGCCCUACCUCGAGAAAGAGGGCUACGUCAACAUCCGCUGCGCCUGGUCCCUCGGCUGCCCCAACGAGAUCAAGCCGCUGGCGGAAGCGGGCGAACACAGAGAGGCCGUACAUGCGGGCGGACAGUAUAAGAAGGCCUUUGAGAGCCUGUUUCCGGGUGAGAAGGUGCCGGAUGCUGUUGGUGUGAGCUGCUGUGCGCAGUUUGCGGCAACGAGGGACAAGAUUAGGGAGAGGAGCAAGGAGCAGUAUGAGAAGUACCGCGAUUGGAUUAUGGGAACUGAACUGGGGGAUGCUAUCAGUGGGAGGGUGUUUGAGUACUCCUGGCACAUGAUUUUCGGUAAACCUCCGGUCCAUUGCCCAACCGCGAAAGAGUGCUACUGCAAGACUUUCGGCUUGUGCGAUUUGGAAUGUCCGGAUGCGGGAAGCUGUAAAGGCCGCUAUACUUUGCCGCCCUACUCGAGUCUACCAAAAGGCUGGCCAUACAUCGGAUGGGAAGGUCAAGAACGCCAACGCGCUGGCCCAGAGCAGUGA